UCGGCCAGUGUGUAUUUCCCGUGUUCGCGACGUGGUGUUUUCCAUGCGGUCUCCAUAGACUUUAACGAUUUCGCCGAUACGCGGUGUUUCUUUUGCGUCCGUUUUUGUUUUUACUGUCGUUUCGAGUCAAAUAUUCUAGUUUGCGCUCGCCGUAUUCGAAAACGACUAGACGGACGUUUAUUGUAACAACACCGGAAAAAAAAAACCAAUCUCCAUUAUAAUAAUACAAUUAUUAUUAUUAUCAUACAUGAUCGACGCGUACGUUUCUUGCAAUUGCGCUGAUAUAAUGAUUUCUCAAUGAUACAAUCGACAAUAAUAUAAUAAUAUGUAUCUCAAAAUCAACGUUCCACCCGUCUUCAAACAGAUGUUCGCCGCGUCCGGACCUCUGAUUGUGACGCUCGGUUCCGGGAUGACUGUUGGGUUUUCGGCUGUGCUUUUGCCCCAGCUCAAGGACGAUCGAUCGACUAUCAAAAUUAGUAGCCAUCAAGAGUCGUGGAUAGCCAGCAUGGCGGCGCUACCGAUGGCCGUGGGUAGCGUGCUGGGCGGCGUGGCCAUGGACAGGCUGGGCCGGAAAACGACCAACCUGCUCAUCUGCGUGCCGUUCGUGCUCGGCUGGACGGCCGUCUCGAUGGCCACCGGCGUGAAUGGCGUGUACGUGGGCCGACUGCUCACGGGCCUGUGCACGGGCCUACUCGGCCCGCCGACCGCUGUUUACAUUGCCGAGGUGAUGGAGCAGCGUUACCGGGGCGCCGCACUGGCCAUGAUCUCGUUCUCGGUAUCGGCCGGUAUACUGGCCGUGCACGCGAUGGGCACGUUCCUGGGCUGGCGUCUGGUGUCAGCCCUGUGCUCGACCGUGCCGUUCGCUGGUUACGCGCUCAUAUGGUUCACGCCCGAGUCGCCCGCCUGGCUGCGCGAGGACGAGGACAGGCGCCGCCGCCGUAAGACCGCUGCAGCGAUCGGCGACCACGCGAGCGAAAGUGUGCCGCCGCGGCCACCGCUGGAAGUCGACACGCAACCGCCACCGCCGGCCGCCAAGCCGACGGCACGUCAGUGCUUCGGUAGACCGUCGUUCUUAGGACCGCUGGCCGUGUUGUCCACGUUCUUUUUCGUCCAACAGUUCUCGGGCGUCAACGCGGUUGCCUUCUACUCGGUAACGCUGCUCAAGCGCGUCGGGCCCGACCUCAACGAGUACCACUGCACCAUGGCACUGGACGUCAUCCGACUGGCCGUAUCCGUGUUGGCGUGUGGCCUGACCAAGCGGUACGGCCGCCGACCGCUGGCCGUCGUGUCGGCCGUGGGCACGUGCGCAUCGCUGCUGUGUCUGGCCGCCUCGGUACGCGAUCCGGGCCCGCAAGCCACCGGUAGCGCGGCCGUCCAAGCGAUCCCGGCCCCGGCGGCUACCGCCAGCAUGACGCCCGUCCUAUCCAUCGUAGCGUACAUGGUGUUCGUCAACAUCGGACUGGUGCCGUUGCCUUGGAUCAUGUCCGGCGAGAUGUUUCCCGGUUAUUGCCGCGAACUCGGCAGCGGCCUGUCCACGUGCUUCGGGUUCGUUAUGUUCUACGCGGUGAUCCAAAUCAGCCCUUAUCUGCUGACCAACAUCGGCACGUCCAUGACGUUUUACAUUUUCGGCACCGUGUCUGGCGUUGGUGCAUUAUUCCUCUAUCUAUGUCUACCGGAAACCAAAAACAAGUCUAUGGAAGACACGACGUAACGAAUCGUGAAAUAAACGACAACGGUCUUACAAGGAAACACGUAACAUUACCUAUUGUAAUGUUUCUGAACAGAACCGUGAACGACAAUGGUCAAACGUAGACGUUAUUUAACAUUUGUCCGGGAGAUCUCACUCGGUGUAUGUUGUGGUUAUUCGAGUCAUCGGAAAUAAACAAUAAUAUUAUUACCAGUUUAUACCAUUAUAUGUAUUAACCGUUCAACAAUAGAUUAUUAUUAUUAUAUCUACUUCAACUUCAUAUAUUUUGUGUAUUU